AAGACUACCGGCUGGCCCACAGAUCUCCAAGCCUCUGAUGGAGAAGAAGCGCCGUGCACGCAUCAACAUGUGCCUGGAGCAGCUCAAGUCUCUUCUGGAGAGACACUACUCACAUCAGAUACGGAAACGGAAGUUGGAAAAGGCUGACAUCCUGGAGCUGAGUGUCAAGUACAUGAAAAGCCUUCAGAAUUCAUUGCAAGGACUUUGGCCAGUACUCAGUGGGAUCGACCAGCCGUCUGGCUUCCAAGGCUGCUUGCCCGGCGUGAGCCAGCGGCUUCGACGCGGAGAGGAUGGCAGCGGCCUGCGCUGCCCCCUGGUGCUCGAGCGCAGGACAGGCAGUACCAUGGACAGCACCAGCCCGCAGGCGGUCUCUGUUCUCAGGCCCUGCUUCCCGGCCAUCUGGGCCCCUGCUUCCGCUGCAGGUGACUCCCAGUCCCCGCUGUCCCCGUUCCCUUUCCCUAGAGGUCUCCCCGAAUCUUCUACAGACGUUCCCGCACCACAACCAGCGUCAAACUGCCAGACCGAGAACCCGAGACCCGGGCUUGGGGUGUGGCGUCCUUGGUGAGUCCCAGGCAAGGAUUCAGACUCAAGACCCUUCCCCCGCCCCAUCACCCGUUGUCUAGUCUGGGGACACAGAAACUAUUUGAGGCUCCCCUAUGGACCUAUGCAGGAACUCUUUCAAUCGGUGGCCUGGUGGGGCUGUGGAAAAAUCCACGCAGCCACUUGCGGAUGGGGUCUACGUGAAUUCACCCACUCUGGUCCCACCCACCAGCCAGAUCAGCUCCCUUCUCCCACCUCUAGUGGAGCUAGGAGGGGACGUGUGGAAUGUGCCCCUUUCCCAGGGACCCGGGGCUGGUAUUCCGCCCCUGACCCCUCCUCUCCACGACUGCGUCACGGUGGGAAGGUCGCGGUCGCC